AUGUUCAAAUUCGUGAGACUCUUGACCUUUCUUCAAGAUCUCCACCAAUUGAACAAAAAUAUCCAUGGCCUGUGUCCAGUUCUUCACCUCAAAAUGUUCCAAGUCCAAGCCUCCGUACUCGAGUCUGAAAAUCAGGUGCAAUUGAGUCUUCGGAUACUCGUCAGGACGGGAACUUUCACAACCGUGUUGCAUGUUGUAGUCGUCCCACAAUUGCACCAAUUCUGCUGGCAUUGGUCCACGAACAACAGUUGCAGACUUCAUUUUGAUGUACCCUGGAACAGUAGACAUGGCCAUUGUAAUGCUCUGUUCCUGAAUCAGCUCUUUCAAAGUUGGCUGGUUAUUGUCCUCGUCUCCAAAAGAACAGAUCUUCCAGACCGUCAAUGGAGCUCCAUGUAUACUUCCUUGCUAUCAGAGGCCACACGGGUGCUUCCUGUGGACAUGAACGAGGAUAUAGAUAGCAAAGACGAAGAGUUUCUAAGUUUGUUUUUGAUUUUGUCCCUGGAUGUUUGGUUCGGAACUGGAAGCGAAAUGUCCACAGAUGCUCUUGAGCUGUUGGAAGAGCCUCCAAUGAAGGAUUUUCUCAAAUUGUUGAGGUUGAGUUUGCGAGAUGAAGGAGCAGACGACAGAGUUGGCUCAUCUCGAGAAGCCAGCGAUCUGAGCGAGAUGGAAUGUCUUAAUCUAAAAAAGGAGGAUUUCUUUUUCAGUUCUGGUGAGGCGGACUGGUCCUCUGGCUCCAAUUCAGGAACAACCUCGUUUUCUGCGUUUUCGUUUUGUUCUUUGUCCUCGCUCUUGACAGCACCUGCAAUUUUGUGUGCGAUGGACUUGAGACUGGAUCCUGUGGAUCUCGUCGAAACCGACGAGAUGCUGGCCAGCGACAAAGUGGAGAGACGAUGA